AUGUGGUUGGUCAUGCCGUUGCUGGAGGGCGGCUCCUGCGCCUACGUGAUGAGGGCCACUGGAGGGCAGUCAAUGGGUUUUGAGGAUGAGAGUGUCAUUUCUUACAUCCUGCGUGAGGUUGCAAAGGCUGUGAAGUACUUUCACGACAACAUGCAGAUUCACCGGGACUUGAAAGCCGGGAACAUCCUCCUGAGCCUUGAUGCUAGGGUUUUUCUGUCAGACUUUGGUGUUGCCGCACCUUUGAGGGACGACAAGAAGCGACAAACCUUCGUGGGCACUCCAUGCUGGAUGGCUCCAGAGGUCUUAGAGCAAACCCAUGGCUAUGACUACAAGGCAGAUAUUUGGUCUUAUGGCAUCACUGGCAUCGAGCUGGCAACGGGGGAAGCGCCCUACCAAAGGAUGCAUCCUCUGAAGGUCAUGAAGAUCAUCAUCGAAAAGGAUCCGCCCAAGGCAAAUAGGAAACUCUCGCACCUCUUCUUAGAUCUCAUUGAGAUGUGUUUGCAGAAAGAUCCCAAGAAGAGACCUACAAUGGAGGAGGUCUGCGCGAGAAACGCCAAGUUCUUCCGGACGGCGGACGCCGAGCCGCUGAAGAAGCUGCUGAGCCGUCUGCCGCCCUUGGAUCAGAGGAUCCCACCGUCCAACCAUAGAGAGGCCUUGCUUCAACCCAUGAUCAUCGACAAGGCCAUUUGCAUUGCCGGUCCAGCCGAUGCAUCCGCCUUGUUGGAGGGCGAGGGGCUCAUCGUUGCAGCUGGGCCUUCCAUGAGCUCGGUCGUGCUCAGCCGGCUGCGUCUCCGCGUGGCCCACGGCGGUUGCGCCCUGCUGUUGGCCGGUGGCUGCAGUGUGGAGCGAUGUGAGGUGGACACGGCUGGCAUGGGCAUAGGCAUCGAAGUAGCUUCACACCGUGACGUACGAGUGCUGCGCUGCGUGGUCAGAGAUUGUGAGGUGGGAAUCUCUGUGGCUGGUGCGGCCGCGGCGUUAUUGGAGGGCACCCAUAUCGAGCGCUGCAAAUGCGGGCUUUCCCUCACAGGUCUCGAUGUGAAGGAAGGUUGGUGCGACGUCUUAGAGCCUCUGGCGACGGCGUCUUUGACGCUGAAUGAGGUUGACUUGAAGCUUCGUGGGUGGAGUGUGCAGGAUCAGGCUGGUGCAGUUCGGCAAGCGCCCGCGGGAGAAGAGAUCUCCCUGAGUGGCUGGCCGCUCGAACAGUGCAACGUGGUGGUGCCCACCGAUGGUGGUCCCGUGGUGCUUCACAUCAAUGGUGGCAAGGUGAACGCCACGCUGUGGGAUGAUGAGGCUGAGGCAGAAGAAGAUGGCAGUGUUCCACAGGAUGACUCCUUUCACGAGCUGGACAUCUCAGGACUUCCCUGA